GUGUCCUUUUAAAAUAUUUUACAAGCUGAUCUUUACAUAGGAUAAGCACAACAUAUAUAUAUUUUUUAGAUAAACCAUUGGUGUAAUACUGGUUUUCAUUUGAUAAAAUUAACCCAAUUUCCGACAAUUCAUUCAUUAGAGUCAAAUCUCUGUAAAGCUCUGCUGACAAGGAACCCGCUGGUUCCACUGCCUUCUCCCAGCCUGAAAAUGAGUGAGCCUACCGCUACAGAACCCCCUAGCGAUGUGACCCCCAGUGUUACUACUGGCGUUACCACUGAAGUCAAGUUGGCGGCAACAGCAGGGAAGAAGCAGACCAAGAAGAAGGUGGAGGAGGUGGUAGAGGAAGAGGAGGAGGAGUAUGUGGUGGAGAAGGUGCUGGACCGACGGGUGGUAAAGGGACGCGUGGAGUUUCUGCUCAAAUGGAAAGGCUUCUCCGAUGAGGACAAUACAUGGGAACCGCAGGACAACCUGGAUUGCCCUGACCUGAUUGCGGAGUACAUGCAGAAUCAUCAUAACAAAAAAGAAAGUUACAAGAAAGAGUCUGGUGGCAAGAGGAAAGCUGGCGAGUCUGACACAGAGGCAGGGGGUGAAGAAGGCAGGCCCAAGAAGAGGAAAGAUGAGGCCGAGAAGCCCAGAGGCUUUGCUCGUGGUCUUGACCCCGAACGGAUCAUUGGAGCCACAGACUCCAGUGGAGAGCUGAUGUUCCUCAUGAAAUGGAAGAACAGUGAUGAGGCGGACCUGGUGCCGGCCAAGGAGGCCAACAUUAAAUGUCCACAGGUGGUCAUCUCCUUCUACGAGGAGCGUCUGACAUGGCACUCCUACCCCACCGAGGAGGAAGAGAAGAAGGAUGAUAAGAACUAGCCACAGGUCCAGGAUGAAGGG